CGCAUGCAGGAAACAUUUGUAUAAAUAGGCCUUAAGUUAAGAGCCUUUCAAAUUAUCCUGACUUGACUUAGGUUGCUUUUGCUCACCCUUCAUUUUCAAUUUCUUUCCCCUAUUUCUCUUUUUGUUCAAUACUCUCUCCAUGGCUUCUAUUCAGGAAGAUGCACCGAUCAAAGAGGUAGCCGAUGACCAAGUUGAAAAAUCACAGCAAGAAAUUCAUGUUAAUGAGGAAAAGCCAUGCGAAGAACCGGAAAUAGUAGUUCAUGAAGGGGACGCAGAGGAAGAAGAGGAGGGAGAAGAUGAGAAAGAAGACGAAGAAACAGCAAAUAAAGAAAAUAGAGAGGAAAAAUUUGCAGGUUCACCAAUUCUUGGCGAUGAUGAACCAACUGCUUCUUUUGAUGUAGAAAGAGAAGCUGAAGCUGAUGAUGAAGAAGGUGACCUCGUUUAAAAAGACAUAUAUAUAAUUUUACAUAUCCAUGCAGUCAAAUUAAACAUCUUGUUUUAACUUUUAGUUUGCACGUUUUGGCUUUGGAAAAUAACAUGAACUGAACUAUUUGACGAAUUAAUUAAUCACGUUGGCUUUAUGCCUUUUGUUAAUUAAUUUGUUUAGGGAGUGUUUUUAUUUGUAAUGUUGCUGGUGCUUAUAUGGAAAAUCGAAAGGAGGUGCCUUUGUUAGCAAAUGAU